AUGUCUUCUUUUCUCAGCCUUAUUUUAAAGUUUUCUCGCCCUACCUCAUGCAUUCUUCGACCAGCAGUAUUUUUCUCAUCUACUGCCACAUUAUUUGACGAUGCCCUUAAGACAUCACGAGAAUUAGUCAGGACCAUGCUUAAAGAACGGGGCUUUACUGGCAAUCUCAAUAUCACUUCUUCUGCUUUCAAUAAAAAUGAUUUGCGAGCACUAAAAGUGAGCCUUGAGCCUACUCACAAGUGCGACGUCCUUCCUUGUGGUAUAAAAGUUACUAGCUUUUUUGAGAAAUAUACUCUUCCGCAAAUCGAUAUUCAAACACUUAGAGAUCAAGAAUUUGAUGUUGACAGUCUUAAAGAAAUUACGGAUAAUCAAGUCAAAGUAUUCUUAACCGAUUUACACGAAGUUAUUAAGAAUUUAGGUGAUGAUGAAGGCACGGAAGAAGCUGUGACUGACACACUGGUAAAUAAUCUACUAGUUCAGAUUGCUGGCAUGCAUUACCAUCCCUUGAGAGUUAGAACCCACCCGCGAUGCAAAUUAUACAUUUUGGGCGAGCCUUAUGUUUCAGCGACACCCAAAUUUGUGGUUAAUAGGAUGAAUUUAUCUGUGGUCGUUGUAGAGGAUAAACACCUGAAAAACACAGCCCUUAUUACUUCAAAAGGUUUUGGGGAAGCACAAUUAGCGGUCGAGAUGCUCGCAUGUGGGAGUGAAAAUGUGCGUCGAAUUUUACGUCAAGGUGAUGUAAUUUCGGAUCAGACUAUAUUUGGAAUUCGCGCCAUUUCCUCGUACUUUACAUUUUACAAAACUGUAAUCCCUGCAGAAUAUUGGAAUGAACUUGAUUUCAGCUUACCACAAAACGAGUCUGUUGUUAUUAAAAGAUGGCCAGAAGGGGAGCUUCCAGAGACUGGUCUGAACCUUGCAAAACCAAAUGAGAGACGAGAAAUACUGGAAGCAUUUGCCAGAAUUCGUCAAUUUCUUUUGCAAUAG